AUGUCGAGUCAAAAUGAGUGGAAUGAGGAGUUAUGUGAUUGUUUCGAUGAUUGUGGUACAUGCUGCUAUGGGUAUUGGUGUGCACCGUGUUUAUUUGGUUCAAAUGCAGAAAAAAUAGAUGGUAAAAAUUGCUGUUUAAUGUGUUGUCUUUAUGGAGUUCUAGCUCACUUUUAUUUAUGUUGGGUGCCACAUUAUUUUGAACGUCAAAACUUACGUGAAAAAUAUAACUUAGAGGCUAAUCCAUCGUGCGGUGACUGUCUAACAACAUCCUUUUGUGGUCCAUGCGCAUUGUGUCAAGAGGCUCGUGAAAUGAAAUCGAGAGAAAAUCAACAAGGUGUGGUAUCCAAAGCCAAUGUUGAUCAAUCGUCUUCUUCACAACCAGUAAAGAGCCCACGGCCUUUUCCACAAAUAUUAGGAAAUCCAGCGGCUUUUCUCCAACCAGUUGCAUAUCCAUCGACAUUUUCCCAACCAGUAUCAGAUCCAUCGACAUUUUUCCAACCGGCAACAUAUCCAUCGGUCUUUUUUCAACAAGCAGAAGGUCCGCCGGCUUUUCCACAAGCAGCAGCAUAUCCAUCGGUCUUUUUUCAACAACCAGAAGCAUAUCCAUCGAUCUUCUUUCAACAAGCAGAAGGUCCACCGGCUCUUCCACAAGUAGUAACAUAUCCAUCGGUCUUUUCCAAACCAGUAGAAAGCCGAGAACUUAUGUAUCAUCCUAAUAUGCAAUAUUGA